AUGGCCUCUGGAAGCGCCGUUCGAUUCGUCUUUGGAAGCAAGCAGUCGCCCGGCUCCGGAGCCCUCUGCCUCCGACUGCGUGUCAAGCCGGGCACCAGCAAAGAUCGCGAGGGCGUCUCGUCGGUCCUGGACGAUUGCGUCGAGCUGUGUGUCGCGGCGCAGGCAAGAGACGGCGAGGCCAACAAGGCCGUCGUGCGCCUCCUCAGCGACGUCGUUGGCCUGCCCAAGUCCCGCUUUCGCCUGACGCACGGGACCAAGUCGAGGGACAAGACGGUCAUGCUCGGAGGCGUGACGGCCGGAGAGGGACCAGCCCUCGCCAACACCGUCCUCGGCCUGCUUCGGAGGGCCAGCGGCUGA